UUGCUGGCGUAUGUCUCCGGGUGAGUGGCUUCUCCCAGAUGAAUUUUCCCACGCUGCCCCUCGGAGCCACAUAAUAAAUAAGCCUUUCGGGCCUUCCAUCGUCCGUGCGCAAUAGGUUUGGAUCGGAGCGUGCGAAAUAGAGAGAGGUGGUGGGAGGCAAGGAGAGGAGCUGGGGUGGGAUUCCUCAAAGACACAUAAAGAUGGUGAGAGCUCCAUGCUGCGAGAAGAUGGGUCUGAAGAAGGGCCCCUGGACUCUAGAAGAAGACCGGAUUCUGGUCUCUUACAUCCAGAGAAACGGCCAUGGCAACUGGCGCGCUCUCCCCAAGCAAGCUGGUCUAUUGAGGUGUGGGAAGAGUUGCAGGCUCCGAUGGACAAACUACCUCCGACCAGAUAUUAAGCGAGGGAACUUUACCAAGGAAGAAGAAGAGAUCAUCAUCAAGUUGCAUGACAUGCUCGGAAAUAGAUGGUCUGCGAUCGCAGCGCAGCUACCUGGACGAACGGACAAUGAGAUCAAGAACGUGUGGCACACGCACCUGAAGAAACGAGUGAAUCCAAACCAGCCGGUCCAAAAUCCCUACAGGAAGAGAAAGGCCCAAAGCGAUGAGGCCAUGGCUGGGAUGGGAUUUGGACCCACCGCGCCCAACGGGAAGCUACAAAACCCAAGCCCUGGGCCCGUCUCCCCAUCGCAGUCUUGUAGCGACAUCUCCUCCUCGGCCACCAAUUCAUCCACCAUUACCGAAGAAAUUAACAUUGCCGGCAUCAAGGAAGAGUGCACGGAUUCUUCGGAGGAACUCCCGGAAAUUGACGAGAGUUUCUGGUCCGAGGCAUUAUCCAUUGAAAAUUGUGACACGCCCAUGGAUUAUAACAUGAUAGCCGGUCCUCCUCCUACUUCUCUUGGUCAUGCCUUCUUCUCCUUCAGUCCAUCCAACUACAAUAACGAUGACAUAAAUUUUUGGUUGAAGGUCUUCAUGGAAGCAGGAGAUUUUCAGGAAUUGCCUGACAUCUGACUGACAAACAUGAGAGAAAGAGAGAACGGCCUUUGCAGCGAAUACUAUAAUGAUUUUUUUUUUUCAAAAAAAAAAAAGAGAAAAGAAAUUAACAUUUUCUUUUGUACUUUUUGCAUGAUGGGAGAUUUGUCAUAUACCAAAGCAGGACAAGUCAUAUAGGUAGACUGCAAAGUCGUAAGAGUGGCCUCUGAAAUAUAGAGGGGGUAGAGACUAACAAUGUAAAAGGAGCUUUUCUUCAAGAGAGACAUAUUUGUAUCAUCUUACACAGUCUUAGCCUGAUUGUAUGAGAUUUGAUUACAUAGAUUUAGAUGCAUACUCUUUCUGACUAUCCUGACUGAUGCUUUAUGCAUGUCCAUUGUUUUCACGAUCAA